AUGAAAAGAAGCAUUGAAGCAGAGAUUAAUAAAAAAACAUUGGAGAAUAACAUACAUAAAAGGAAGGCUGAGGUAUUUUACCAGCGAAAAAAAUUGGCCAGAAAACAAGCCAUGAAGCAAGUUGAUUUUGAAUGUAUUGCGAUGGACUUUCAAAAAAACCUACCCAUGCCAAAUCUAUCUACCAAUGAAAUCUAUUAUAAAAGGCAACUUACCCUACAUUCUUUUAACAUUCACGUGCUAUCAACAAACAGUGCUACCUUUUAUUGUUAUCCAGAAAUAAUUGGAAGAAAAGGAUCCAACGACGUCGCGUCUUUACUCCAUUAUUUUAUUUUUGUUCAACUGAGUAGUAAAGUUAGACAUUUGCGCAUUUUCUGUGACUCGUGCGGGGGCCAAAAUAAGAACUUUACAGUGUUUCGGUAUUUGCAUUACGUUGUCCAUGUUGUUAAAAGAUUAGACACUAUACAAGUGAUCUUUCCGGUGCGGGGUUACUCUUACAUGGAGUGCGACAGGGACAUGGCGCUAAUUAAUCAAAAAAUUCCUGCUGAACUUCCUGAAGAUUGGUUUAAUAAAAUAAAAUCAUGCAGAGUAAAACCAGAACCUUUUACUGUAAUUGAAGUUGACCAAGCACUUCUUCGAAAUUGGACGGAAUUAUUGGAUUUAAUUUAUAUCACCAAACAUUCAUACAAAUCAAGGGAGAUUAGAGAAGUAAAAAUUUCCCAAGAACAACCUAGAUUAAUUGAGUUCAGAAACACAUACAAUGGAUGCUGGAACACCUCAAUAAUCCGCAAACACAUUGUUGCAUCGAAAAAUACAAUCACACCCAAGCUUCCAGAUGGCCAGUUUGUCCUGCCACAUAAACUUUAUUUUGAUUUGAAGCCAAUAUCUGCAGGGAAAUAUCGCGAUUUAAUGGAUCUUAAGGAACUAUGCAGCACUGAGAAGGCGAUUAACUAUUAUGGGAACUUGCCGCACUCUUAUACACUGAGAAUAAUGCCCAAGGCAAACGAUAAAAAGCCGUGCAAAAAAGGCAAAGAAGGAGACGAAAAAUUGAAGAAACGGAGAGAAGAGAAGAAGUUGAGUAUGAGAAGAGCUAGGGAAAAAUUAAAAAGUGAUCCUGUAAAGCAUGAAGAAGAUUACAAUAUUAUAAUCUAA